CAGACGUCUCUCCAUUCAUUUGAAGCGGGGAGUGAGGGGCCAGGGCUGGGUCGGUAGUUCCGCUUCCCCAUCGCCAUAGCGGAAUUAUCCAAAGGCUGAAAACGCAAAUGAAAAGUUGAACUGUAAACAGUUGGGGUCACGCUUAUACUAUUUGCCGUUGAUGUGCCGACUUUACCACUAAAUCACCCAGAUGUUACGCCGGAUGUUCUUUUAGCAGAUUUCUAAACGUUUUUCCAAACCAGCGGGGAUCGUCCGGGAGUCGACUUGAACCGAAUGGUGUGGGAUUGCCGAUGCCUCUUUUCCCUGCAUGUGCACACCCGUGCUUCAUGCUGAUGUGAGUGCCUCCUCCCUCCCUCACGGAUCGUUCACCUCUCCACCCUUACCAGCUGUGUUCCUCUGCUUGGUUAGCCCUGUGAGGCUCAGAACCACUGCCCAGCAAUGUGUGAUAAUGGAGACCCCGAGGAUAAGCCCCCAGCCCCCCCAGUUAGGAUAACCAGUACCAUAUUUGGCGCCGGCGCCAGUAAAGACUCCUUUUCGACUAAUCACAGCUCCAAACCGCUCCCAUCUGUACCUGAGGAGAGGAAACACCGCAAAGGGAUCAUGUCUAUCCUCUCAGGGGGGACCGAAAAGGUAGGUAAGAAGAACCGAGAAAAAGAGCGACCAGAGAUUUCUCCACCUUCAGAUUUUGAACACACCAUACACGUCGGUUUUGAUGCCGUAACGGGGGAGUUUACAGGUAUGCCAGAACAGUGGGCUCGACUCCUUCAGACCUCAAAUAUCACCAAGUCCGAGCAGAAAAAAAACCCACAGGCUGUGCUUGAUGUCCUUAAGUUCUACGACUCUUCAGGCAACGGUCGGGAGAAGUACCUCAGCUUAUCAUCUGAAAAAGACACGUUCACUCCAGGACCUCAGUCUCCCGUCAAAAAAAGCAACGAACCUUCGUCUCCUAACAUCAAAGACAUUGAUGAUGACGAUGAUGAUGAAACCCCUCCUCCUAUUGUGGCACCACGACCAGAGCAUACAAAGAGCGUGUAUACCCGUUCUGUUAUUGACCCAAUCCCGGCACCGAGCACGUGUACUGAUGGAGACGCUGCCUCCAAGUCUGCAGAGAGGCCGAAAAGGAAGAACAAGAUGACGGACGAAGAGAUCAUGGACAAGCUGAGAACCAUAGUGAGCAUCGGGGACCCCAAGAAGAAGUACACCAGAUAUGAAAAGAUUGGUCAGGGGGCGUCAGGAACAGUAUUCACAGCCAUUGAUGUCGCCACAGGACAAGAGGUGGCCAUUAAACAGAUUAAUCUACAGAAACAACCGAAAAAGGAGCUCAUCAUCAACGAGAUCCUGGUGAUGAAGGAGCUGAAGAACCCAAACAUUGUCAACUUUCUAGACAGUUUCUUGAUGGGGGAGGAGCUGUUUGUGGUGAUGGAGUAUCUAGCUGGUGGCUCGCUGACGGACGUGGUCACAGAGACCUGCAUGGACGAGGCUCAGAUAGCUGCUGUCUGUCGGGAGUGUUUACAAGCGUUGGACUUCCUCCACGCUAACCAGGUCAUUCACAGAGACAUCAAAAGUGACAACGUGUUGCUCGGGAUGGAUGGUUCUGUGAAGCUGACUGAUUUUGGCUUUUGUGCCCAAAUCACUCCGGAGCAGAGCAAACGCAGCACCAUGGUGGGAACGCCCUACUGGAUGGCUCCUGAAGUGGUGACCAGGAAGGCUUAUGGGCCUAAAGUAGACAUUUGGUCACUUGGCAUCAUGGCCAUUGAGAUGGUUGAAGGCGAGCCUCCUUAUCUGAAUGAGAACCCGCUACGAGCGUUAUACCUGAUCGCCACAAAUGGCACACCUGAGCUUCAGAAUCCAGAGAAGCUGUCUCCGGUUUUCAGAGAUUUCCUGAACCGCUGCCUGGAGAUGGAUGUAGAGAAAAGAGGUGGUGGGAAGGAACUCCUGCAGCAUCCGUUCCUGAAGCUGGCAAAGCCCCUCUCCAGUCUCACACCACUCAUCCUGGCAGCCAAGGAGGCCAUGAAGGGCAAUCGUUAGUGAACAAAACCAGCUAGCCUGCCUCCUCAUGCUGUGCACAGACAUGUGCCAACCAUUUAGAUUUUGUGCCAGACAAUAGGCUGAGAGUGACUCGCCAGCCUUAGAAGCCCUGACAAACCUCACUGUGAAGAAGACCAAAAAUCUCGAGCACAUCCACACCGCUGUCCACAUGAACUUCAUUUUCUCUCAGACGUCAGAAGACAAGUCAAAUUAAAGUGCUUAGUUUAAGAGCCUGGAAUAGUUUAUAUGUACAUCAAAUCUGGUGGUAAGUUGGGGCUUGGCUUGUAUUUAACUUGGAAUGAAGAAGAUGCCUAGUUCUGUUUAGUUUUUUUAAUCAACUGCCUUAAAAAAAGCAAAAGUUGCCUAAUGUGUUGUUUGUCUCCUUUCCCACGACUUUUACUACCUUUGUAAUUGACUUUUCAGCUUGUCAGUAUCUUAGUUAUUUUGAUACUUGAAUUUCAUUUUUGUGUUUAUAAUGUGUCUCACACAACAGACGUGCUGUGUCCACGCAUGUUUUAUCAGCAUUUCUUCACCAUUUUAUAGGAAGCAUUUCACGGCAUUGAUCAUCAUGAAUGUGUGCCGUGCUCGUGUCGUUCUAUAGCUGUCACACCUGACCGAUCCACUGCAUCUGUUCUUCCCCGGUAUUUUUAGUCUCCUCAAAUCAGAGGCGCACCUUACAGGCAAUUAAAAUGUUAGAUGACAGGGUUUAUACUUUCUUUAUUGCUAUUAAAUUGAGUAUUUUAUGUUGACCUUUGUCCUUUGCGUUCUUCCAGAAGUGCACUGGAGAUUUGAAAACAACCAUAUUGGGUGAAGUUGCAACAGGAGCCUAUUGUAGAAUUUUUAUAUUUUAUUCUGAAGAUCUAAAAGCCUGGUCUACACACAAAUGUCGUUUGUUUGCUCUCAUGAUGUGAAUGUAAAGAUCUUCGGUUUAUAGUAUAAAACAUGCAGAAACCUGUCAUUAAAGUUUUAACUAGAGAUUUA